AUGAGUAAGACGCACCCUCCGGAGCUUAAGAAAUACAUGGAUAAGAAAAUGCAGCUAAAAUUGAACGGAAACCGCGUCGUAUCCGGGGUGCUACGAGGAUUCGAUCCAUUCAUGAAUUUGGUAAUGGACGAUGCUGUAGAACAUCUUAAAUCCGGAGAACAGCUUAUGAUUGGUAUGGUGGUGGUUCGCGGCAAUUCCAUUACGUUGCUGGAGGCAUUGGAAAGAAUUUGA